CGGCACCUCCCACCCUGGGCUCCGCGCGGCGGUCGACAGAAUGAGUCUGCAUAUCUUCAGUGACAAAAGUGUCACUGGUGACAAAAGUACAGAAAAUUGCGACUUCCUGCUUUCACCACCGGCACUUACUGGAAGAUCGUCCGUUCUCCGUCUGUCACAGAAAGAGAAUGUGCCACCGAAGAGCACAGCCAAAACUGUGAAGGUGACUCUUCAGACACCUCUACGGGACCCACAGACAUACAGGAUCUUAAGUCCCAGCGUGGGCAGCAAGCUCGAAGCCUGUUUUGUUCUGGGUGACCCCAUUGAAUUAGAAAACUGCCAUCAAGUCUGUACCCAGAAAGAGAAUCAACAGUUCACCAAGGAAACAGACACCAAAACGACCCAUGGAAUUCUCCAGAAGCCAGUACCAGUCAACACCGAGCCCCCCUUAGAGGACAUGAGACCAGUCUCUGAAGACCAGCCUCCUGGUGGGCCCCCCUCAGCUCCUCUGGUCAGCCUGGGUCCCUCAAGCUCUUCCCAGAUACCAGAGAGUGUUGAAAACCCGGAGGCCUCCCGAGGACCAGCCCCCGGCAGCCCUGAGUGCACCCGGGAAGAGCACGUCCACCCUUGGCCCUCAGAGGAGAGCAUGCCCCUUGGCCUAGCUCCAGAACAGCCCCCUGGGGUGGCGUCCCAGGACACAGCAGAAGACCCACUCAGCGCUACGGGAGGGGACUCGGAGGGGGUCCCUGGUCCCCCCGCCAGGCCCGCCUCGCCCUGUGGUGCCCCCCCUGGAGAAAAACCCCUCGUGGACCUGCCUGGAGUGGCCCUAGUGGGCUCCAUGGAUGCCACCGGCCACGAGGACACGGCCCUGACCGGCCCUGGAGAGGCUGCAGGGGCCACACACCCCGGUGCUCAGGGGGAGGAGGCCUGUGGCCAGGCCACCGGCUCUCUGAGGAGCAGGCCUGUCCAGCUGGAGUUCGACUUCUCUGAUGCCACCAGCAAAAGGUCGCCCUCACUGCAGAAGCGAGGGAAGGCCCUGGGUCUCAAGCCCCCCUCAAGGAGACCAGAGGCAAGGCCCGGAAAGGCCACCCUGGAGGCGGGCAAGGGUUGCGAGCUCGCUCUGCAUGAGUCCGACGGCCCGAGCUGGGACAAGCCAGACAACCCAGACUGUAACCCGGCCGCAGACAGUGGCGAGGCCUGGCCCCCGGAGCACCCGCAGAGCGGCCAGGCCACAGAGGCCUUGUCUCUGAGCCGGCAGGCAUGCUCAGAUGACACACCCGGGACGAGGGCCCCAGCGAGGACCCCAGGAGCGGCGGGCGAGGGGUGAACCACAGGCUCUUUGGGGGGGUCGGCGCCCCUCAGCAGCCCAAGCAGCGAGCCACCGACUGCACCCAUCAACCUCACGCCCUCCACCGAGAGGGCGCCGGAGCCCACCCUGGACCUGAAUGGGGAGCAGUUCUGGGACUCCGCGGAGGUCCUAGGCACAGGGGCAGAGGUGGACUACCUGGAGCAGUUUGGGGCAUCCUCGUUUAAAGAGUCAGCCCUGAGGAAGCAGUCACUGUACCUCAACUUCGACCCGCUCCUGCAGGACAGUCCCCAGGGGCUGGCACCCAGUAGCAGCGGCAGGCCCCGGGGCCUACCUGUCCCGAGUGCGGGCCCUCUGGCCUCCGAGGAGAGCCCUGGGCUCAUGCAGACUGCAGGUGGCUUCUCUCUCGGUCUCCAUGCUCGCAGUGUGGACGGGCCUUCCUCUGGAAGCCCCCCGGAGGCCCAGCUGCUUGACCUGGACUUCCCUGGAGCCCCGGGCAUUCCUAUACCUGGCCCGGCUCUGUGUGACCUUGGGCCCGGGGCUGCACUGCUGCCUGUGGAGCGGAUCGUGGAUGAAAAAUCAACAAAACCAAAAGAAACCAGUGAACUUGGAAGAGGACCUUCACUCAGAUGUUGA